AUGGCUCUCCAGUGGUUCCUCUUCCUCCUCGCCGCAGCCUUAGCACAGGCGCAAGGCGAUAACAAAACCCCAACACUAGACCCGGCGGUGAUCCAGUCUGGCUCGUUCGUUGAUGGGUCCACCUCCAUCGGGGCCAACGAAGCGAAUCAGUCGCCGUCGCUGACGUCUCAAAACAACUUCAUCAACUUCUGCAAGGGCAAGACGCUAACUAACGGUCUUCAAAUCACGACGGGUUCGUGCAAUGGAAUUGUGAUGGGCGAUCUCCCUGCGCAGAACAGGAUGGUUUCUGUGGUGAUCACGAAGCCACUCAAUGGCGACACCAUUGAGUCCGGAAAAGACUUUAACAUCACGCUCCAGGUACAGAACCUGGUGGCUGGUGCCUUUACGAACGCCGAUGCCACCUACUACAGCGCACCGCAGCAACUAAAGGGCGGCAGUAUCGUCGGCCACGUCCACGUCACCGUGCAGAACACGGGUCCCACCUUGAAUCCCACUCAACCCUUGGACCCAACCCAGUUUGCCUUCUUCAAGGGCAUCAACGACGCCGGCGACGGCCGGGGCGGGCUUUCGGCCGCCGUGGUGGGCGGCUUGCCGGCGGGGAACUAUCGUCUCUGCACCUUAACUGCGGCCGCGAACCACCAGCCGGUCAUCAUGCCUGUGGCCCAGCGCGGUUCUCAAGAUGAUUGCGUCAGGUUUACCGUCACCGGCAAUCUGUCCAACUCGGCCCAGGCGCCCCCAACCCGGCCGGCAACGCAGCGAACAAUAACACCGCCAACGCCGGUGCUGCUGGUGCUGCUGGUGCUGCUGGCGCUGCCGGUGCAGCCGGUGCAGCCGGUGCCGCCGGUGCAGCCGGUACAGCUGGUGCUGCUGGUGCUGCCGGUGCUGCUGGUGCUGCCGGUGCCGCCGGUGCUGCCGGUACAGCUGGUGCAGCUGGUGCAGCUGGUACUGCUGGUGCAGCGGGUGCAGCUGGUGCAGCUGGUGCCGCCGGUGCAGCCGGUGCAGCCGGUGCCGCCGGUGCUGCCGGUACAGCUGGUGCUGCUGGUGCUGCCGGUGCUGCUGGUGCUGCCGGUGCUGCUGGUGCUGCCGGUGCCGCCGGUGCUGCCGGUGCUGGCGCUGCCACCGGUGCUGGCGCUGCUGCGGGUACCAACGGUGCCGGGAAUGGCAAAGGCAAAGCGGCGGCUACUCCGGCAGCAGGAAAAAGGAGAAGAAGUACUGAGCGGCUUGCUCGACUCUCUAGAAGGCGCCAUUUCGCCAGCAGCAAAGCCCACGUAUUAG